UGUAACGAUAAGAAAUAUUCUGACAAUACAUAGUUUUUAUUUUGUGGCUUCUUUCUGUUUUUGUACACAAAAGAAGGAAAAAAAUUAAAUUAUGUACAUUUUAAUUGAAAAAAGUUAUUAAGUGUUUGCGAAAUUAAAUAAAUAGUUUAAGAUAUAAUGAUUAAAAUUCCCCGUAAAACGUAUUUAUGCCUGUGGUUGAUAGUUUACUUUGUCCUUAUUGUUACAAAUGAUGCAAAAUGCCCUGAAAAGUGCCAGUGUAAAAAUAACACAGACUCUUCAUGGAAUUUACGUGUAAAAUGUGGGGGUUCUUCCGAUGAAUAUCUAUCUAACUGGCAAAGUAUAGACUUUGAAGAGGAUGCAGUUAAUGUCUUUACGUUAGAUUUAAGCAGAAAUGGAUUUACUGGAAUCGAUAAAGAGUUUUUUCGUAAUCUAACAGAACUAAAACGUCUUGAUUUGUCUUUUAAUCAAAUCAAGAUGAUUGAUAAAUCAACCUUUGGUGAUACUACAAAAAGCGUAGAACGUCUUAAAUUAGCCAAUAACUCUAUAGCACAUAUAUACCCAGGAUCUUUUGAUCAUUUUCCAAAUCUCAAACAACUGGACAUAUCUAACAACCCAUUAGCUUGUGACUGUGAUCUAAUUUGGUUAGUAGGAUGGUCUAACAGUCAUCUGGUAAAACUGCAACCUGGUCCAAAAUGCGAAUCUGAAGAUUUUAAGGGCAUUUUGUUAAAGAAAUUAAAAGUGGGUGUGGAUUUGUACUGUGAAUCUCCACACCAGCCUCUUUUAGAAUUUAUACCAAGGCAAAAUCAGGUUGUGUUUGAGGGAGAUGAGUUAGUUCUCAAGUGCCGGGCUCCACGAGUUGCUGUCGGAGUCCCUCAUGAAUCUGAAGACCUACCCACCAAAGCUCACGUAUUCUGGGGCUGGUCGGAAACAAUUCGUACUCAGAACUCUACAGAUGACAUUGUAUAUCAUGAUCCGACCAAGGUCCUAAAUGAUGUCCAUUUAGAAAGUAAACACACAACAGAUUCUGGAAUUCUCAAUUCAAUCUUGCGUAUUGCCAGUGUGCGACGCAAUCAUACGGGAAUGUUUGAUUGUACGCUGCGGUCUCAGCAAGCUAAUUUAUCACACGCAAUAGCUGUAAUUGUAAUUGCCAAAAAUACACAAUACUGUAAGGCAAUAAACGUUCAAACAAAUAAGGGCAAUUACCAUUGGCCCCAAACGGUUCGUGGACAGGUAGUGGAACAACAGUGCGUUGAAGAAUCUGAUGGCGGACAGAUGGCUACUUUUCGUUGUCAUGAAAACGGUACAUGGGUGGAUCUUAAUACUGAAGUGUGUGCGUAUGUUAGUCCAACAACACGUGUCUUGGAACAGUUCGCUAAAAUGAACUUAACACUGAAUAAGGCAAACGUUUUAGAAAUUGCACGCCGCUUGCACAACUUAACCCAUACAAUGUCCAAUCUAAGACGUAUUAAAGACCCCAUGGAUUUGGAGUUUGUGGCACGAACUUUAGUGAAAUAUUUAGAUUUUAUAACGUAUCAAAAUGAGUUGGCUCACCUACUUUUGGACAUAGUAUCGCAGCUACUACUCUUGCCGUCUAAUACUUUUUACGAAGCGCAACGCCAUUAUCAAAGCGGUCUUAAGUUGCUUGAAUGCGUGGAGGCUGCGUCUAAGCAAGCAUCUUUACAUACGCCGACAACAGAAGAUCACGGAAAUAUACAAAAUAAUUUAGUGACGAUUCCACGCACGUUUUUUGUUGAUUACUUCAGUAUUCGACCGGAAUCUUUUGCUGGCAUAUCCUGCGUUUGGGUACGUUCUUCAACUUCAUCGUCAGCUUCAACGACAAGUUCAUCCUUUGAAUGUAGUACUUCGAAUGAUUCAUUUCCCUCAUUUGAGCGGUAUAUUGAUGCUGCAAUUCAAAUCCCUGUGAAUUUGCUGUUUAGUGAUAAAUCGUCCAAAUCCGUCAUCAAAUUGAUGGUCGCCGUAUUCCGUAAUGCAAAUCUACUGCCUCAUUUGACAAGUAAUAAAAGUGUUGAACUUUCUUCGCCAAUUAUUGCAGCGAAAACGGUUCAUGAAAGUGACGAAAGUUAUCAGCAAUUAAAUGAUGAUAUUGACGAGAAAAAUCAAAUUGCUAUCAUACUUCGUGUACAUCCGUUUCAUGAUGAUCGAAGUGCACCGAUACCAGCUCGCUGGGACGACGAAAGACAAAUAUGGUCCCCGGAAAUGUGCCAACAGCUUUACCUACAUCGCGGUCUUUUAAUGUUUUCUUGCAAACGUUUGGGGUACUAUGGACUGUUGCAAAGAUCCGCUUACCUAAACGAUUUUGAAAGUGAUCAAGCGGGAGCCCGCUUUCGAUUUCUACCAUAUGCAAUAUAUAUUGGGACGGUAGUACUCUUUCUCUGCUGUUCCAUUAAUAUUGUAACAUUUCUAGUUUUCGGCAGAGCCAUCCGGAUAAACCGACAGCAGCGACAUACAUUUGUUAAUACCUGGUUGGCUCUAGCACUUCUUUGUCUUUCAUUUACACUGGGAAUAUUUCAGACAGAGCGGCAAGAUGUGUGUCGUAUGAUUGGAAUGCUUAUACACUAUUUAAGCAUGUGUGUUUUACUAUGGCUGAGUGUCAGUCUCAGCACUAUGUAUAAACGCCUUUCAAAACAUCAUCGUGUAGUUACCGAAUCGGACCUUCCCAAGGAAGCACGUCUGAAGAAACCUAUAAUGGGCAUAUACCUCGUCGGGUGGGGAAUUUCCAUGAUGAUUUGUGGCAUUAGUGGAGCGGUGAAUAUAAACGAGUAUGCUGCAUAUUCAUUCUGUUUCCUCCACAAUGGAUCGGCGAUGAAUGCUAUGCUUGUACCCGGUGGCAUAUUACUGAUUUUUAUAUGUAUUCUAUUUUUAACCAUAUACUAUCAGCUCAACCAUAGGAGUUCAGUGGCAAAUAUGAUGCAAAAUCACCAUCAAUUUUCUGACAAUACUCAGGCCACGGAGAAUAUUGACAUGGAUUGGCUGGACACAACGACACAAAGCAAUCCUCCGGGAAGACGCACGAAUAUUAAUGCGAAAAGCUUAAAUUUGGAUCAGUAUACCAGUCUCACACUAAGUAAUACUGCUGUAAGUAGUAUCGUCGAUGAUUUCGAACGUUCCAAUUUGGCACAUUUAAGGGCCCACUUUGUUUUCUUGGUCUUGUUUGUAAUUGCAUGGUUUUCUGCUGUAGCAUUUGUAAUGCACUCGGCUCAGGGUGACGAUGAUCUGGGCCACAUGUACUCUGUGUUGUUUGCUAUAGCUUGUUGUUUGCUCGGCAUAUUCACGUUAUUAUUUUAUACAUUGACUAGAAAUGAUACACGGCAACAGUGGAGCCAUAAUCCAUGUUGCGGACAAGAUGGUUCAGAUGGGCCGUAUAAUGAGACCACAUAUAAUGACGGAGUUGCUCCGGUUGCUAACAGUGUAUUAGCUUAUAAACCCUCAUAUGAAGCAGGAAACAAUUCCGGAGCUUCUCGGUCUAAUUCACAAUGUUCCAAACAUCGAACGAGCAGCAUACGGAAUGGUGGUGGAAUUGUCGAUGCAACCACUCAACAUCUUUUAGCGGUUUCUUCUGCUCCUGCUCCCGCUACAAUAAUUAACAAUCAGCAUAUGGCAAGUGGUACAGGAAUUGGUCUAUCACAUGACAUUCCAAGUGCUGAAUUAUUUUAUAAUCCUAAUCAAAUUAAUGUUGCUCGGAAGUUUUUCAAGAAACAGAAGAGAUUAGCAAAACGAAAUAAUUUUGAGUUGCAACGACAAAAAGACAGACCUGAUUACGGAGGAAGUGUUGGGGCUGCAGACACUGCAAGUGAUAUCUCUUCGACAACUGGCAGUGGUCAUGGCUACUCUAGACGUCACAAUGCAAUGACUCUUAAACUGUUGAGCAGUGGAGUGGGUAAAGUAAAUAACACGAAUAUCAACUAUAAGCCAGACUACAAUGUGGGUUACAAGAGUCAUAAUCAUCAUCCUUUAGACAAUUUUGAUGACGUUGAUGAUAUAUUUACUUCCUCAAAUGUCUCAAAUAUAGCAAAUAAUCAAAAUAACCAAAAUUCAUUAAGGAAACGGGCCAAUAUAUUAGCAAUGAAUAUUUACACCAAUAUUCCUGAAACAAUGGCGCCGCAACAUGAGAUACACAAAGUAAGAGGUGGUGGUAGUGCAAGCUCAAAUGUUGGCGGUGGACGUUUACUCAAACCUUUGGAGGAACACCACGAAGAAUUCGAGGAAAUUGAUAGUAGUUCACAUGACGAGAAUAUACCACUUUACGAAAAUACUCUUCAAAAGGUCAACGUCAAACCAUCUUCCAACAAUAUAUUUAAUACAUCGUUUAAUUCUGCUACACCUUUACAUUACCCCACUACAUCCACACCGAACAAAUCUAAGGCCCCUGAACUAAAAGAAAUUGACGAACAUACAGCUCAACAGAAAUUAUUACUAUUAGACCACGAUGUUGAGGCAAUGAAUAGCAUAGGUCUGCCAUCCGCAGCUGUCGGCAACAAACAAGACUUUUCAAAUGAAUUCUCCCCAAAUGCCCUCGAUGGCCGGAACAGCAAUGAUGAAAUCCAGGAUAAUGAUGAGGAUAAUGAUAAACCAAAUCUGCAGCGAAAUGAGAUUUAUGUAUCGAAUUCUUUACAAAUAACAAAUCGUGUGGACAUUGAAGAUGAUUUUGCAGCUGUCCUCAUACGCGGCAAUCAACAACCAAAACAUUCGAAAUCAUUAAAUAAUUUAGAUUGUAUAUAUGGUGGCGUAGCUGGAGCAACUAAAACUAAUAGUGGCAAGUUAGAUGCGAUAAACGUUUCGUAUGGAUCAGAUAGAAACUUGACACAUAUUGGAGCUAUAGGGAAUGCUACAAAACAAAGGUGUCCCUCGCUCUAUGAAGUUAUUAACGACAAAGAGUCUGUAACAAGCCUUCGAGAAUUGCACUCUUCAACAAAAUCACUGGAGACAUCAGCUCAAAAUUACUUGUCAAACAAUAGAAAUGAAACAGAUGUCAAUGUAGUUGAAGGAUUUCAUAUGACAGGAACGUGCACGCGAUCGGCAAGUCCCACAAACGAAAGCGAUUUGAAUUACCAAAAUUCGGAAAUCAGUAUACGUAGCCAUGGUUUGUAUGCGCCACAAGCCGAUAAUGACCUGACAUUGACCGACGACUUCCGUUAUCAGUCCUCAAAUGCUAGCGAAGCUGACAUGGGCUUAAAUGACUUCGAUGAUGAAUUUGGUGCCUUUGGCAGUCACAAUUUCUCAAACGAUUUGGAUGGAACUGACCAUGAUGACUCGGCUGAUCCCAUCGAUGCACUCAACACAUCUAUUGACGAAUUGUACGAAGCUAUAAAACGACGAAGUCCUCUUACAACAAAAUUACCACUAGCAAAUCAAAUGACAGGAGAAAGUCCUUAUUGUGAAGUGUCUGCACAUUGCCCAGAUGAAAUGCAUUCCUUAGUCAGGAAUGAUUCCCGUAACAACGUGAACACUGAUGAUGGCUCAAUUUCUGCGAUAAAUUUACCAUCAUCAUCUUCGUCUUCACUCUUGCCAACAGCAUCAAGCACUUCAACAACUACAUCCUUAAACACUGUGUUAACAAAAUCUUUUCGCGAGAAUCUCAUAGAUGACGAUAGCAGUCAAAGUAGUGUAAUAUCAUAUAUAGACCCCAAAGUAACAAAAAACUCACUUAGCUGAAGUCACUCUGCAAUAUUCAAAUUAAUAAUUGAAUUCAAUAUAAUACUAAGAGCAAAUCAAGGCGCAUUGGAGCAAACUAUUUUUAAUAAGGCAUAGUUUCAGAGAUGUCUUUGUAACUUGGUUUAACGUUCCAUUUAAUUAUUAUUUUACCACUUUUUGUUGUGCUAAUUUCAGGAGUGUCAAUUUAAACUAAUUCUUCAAAUACGUAAAAAAAAAACAUAAUUAUUUUGAGAUUAACCAAUAAAAUUGAGACUCAGUGACUUCCUUAGGUAAGAGCUAAAAAUAACAAGAUGGAUUAAGUUUCAAAUUCUCAUUGCAUUAACUACUCAAUAUGUAUGUAUUGUUUAGAAUUAAACAAUACAUACAUACAUAAUUUGUAAGUAACCCUUUCAUAACUGCUCGUUAUUAUUUUGGUUUAUCGUGCGAUUAUGAAAAUCUAGUAUAUAUUAACUGAUAUUUAUAUAUUAUAUAAGUCUAUUAAAUUAUAUUACUCUUAAGUUUUUCUACUAGAUAUUAAAAUUGUAUUGUUAUAAGUUAAGCAUUAAAUAUUGUAUUAUGUACAAUUCCAUUUUAUUUGUCGACUGACUAGAUUUUUUUCAAAGAAAUUUUGAAU